AGUCAAGAUGACAGAUUUGCUUUCACUGCGGAAUGGUAUGACCCAAAUGCUUCACUCUUUCGGCGUUAUGAACUUCUGUAUUAUCCAAAAGAUGGAUCAGUUGAAAUGUAUGAUGUGAAGAACCAUCGCACCUUUCUGAAGCGCACCAAGUAUGAGAACUUACACCUUGAGGAUUUAUUUGUGGGCAACAAAAUUACUGUUUUUUCCCGUCAUCUAUCCUUAGUGGACUAUGGCGAUCAAUAUACAGCCCGCAAGCUGGGGAGCCGCAAAGAGAGAACGCUGGCUUUGAUUAAACCUGAUGCAAUGCCCAAGGUUGGAGAAUUAAUUGAUAUAAUUAUUAAUGCAGGAUUUACAAUAACUAAGGCCAGAAUGAUGGUGCUUUCAAGAAAAGAAGCAGCUGAUUUCUACAUAGACCAUCAAUCAAAACCUUUUUAUAAUGAGCUUCUCCAGUUUAUAACGAGUGGUCCCAUUGUUGCUAUGGAAAUCUUAGGAGAUGAUGCAGUUUGUAAAUGGAAAACAUUACUGGGGCCAGCAAACUCUGCAGUGGCUCAGACUGAUGCACCAGACAGCAUUAGAGCAAACUUUGGACAUGAUGGCCUAAGAAAUGCAGCUCACGGCCCAGAUUCGGUUGCUUCAGCUGCUCAAGAGCUGGAGUUGUUCUUUCCCUCCAGUGGAGGUCACGGACCAGUCAACAGUGCAAAAUUCACAAACAGUACUUGUUGCAUUAUUAAGCCUCAUGCAGUUAAUGAAGGGCUAGCUGGAAAGAUCAUAAAAACCAUCAUCAAUGAAGGAUUUCAGAUCUCAGCUUUGCAGAUGUUCAACAUGGAGCGUACAAAUGUGGAAGAAUUUUAUGAGAUUUACAAAGGUGUCGUUGCUGAAUAUAUGGAGAUGGUUACAGAGUUGUGUUCAGGCCCUUGCAUAGCAAUGGAGAUUAUACAACCCGAGCCUCUAAAAGUGUUCAGAGACUUCUGUGGUCCUUCUGACCCUGAAAUAGCCCGUCAUCUCCGACCUGGAACUCUGCGUGCUGUCUUUGGGAAGAACAAGAUUCAGAAUGCUGUCCACUGCACAGACCUACCUGAAGAUGGACUUUUGGAG